AUGGAAAUCACAGAGCCGGUGCAGUUUGUGCCGACGAACGAGCCCGAAGUUGAUAGGAAGGAGGCUGUGGAAAUCAAGGAUCCUGUGCAGCCGAUGCCGGUGGACAAUGCCAACCCUCAUGACGAAGGAGGGAGCGAGGCAAACUCAAACGAUGCUGACAUGCCGGAAGGGGAGAGGACUCAGGCGAUCGAAGGGCAUGCAGAUGAAUCCGAUGGGGAAGACAGCGAGGCGAGCAUGAACCAGGCGGAUGAGCCUGAAGACGAGAAGGCGAUUGAAAGCCAUGCAGAUGAGUCCAAAGGCAGGGAGGACGAGGCCAAAGGCAAGCAACGAGGACCAGGCCUGCGCUAG